GGCACGUGUCCGGGAUUACGGCUGGUGUUUGGAGUGAGGGGGGCGGGGGAGGCUUUUGACUGAGGAGGUGGUCAAAAGUGUCUGUAUUUGGCGCUCCUUCUUUUGCCUCCGUCCUCUGAGAAGGGGGUGAGGCUGGUAGGUGUUGUGCAGCCAGUGGAAAUGCAAAGUUAGAAAGCAGGCAGAACAGGAGAGAGGAAUGAGCUCCAGCGUACAGGUCACCACGGCGUGUCAAACGAGCACCAACUAUGAGCUUCCUCCCACUCCUCAGCUGCCCUUAAAGCACGUAGAUACUCCGGGGUCAGCCAGGUCCUGCAAGAGUGCCGAAAUAAAGCGAAAGCAGUCACGGAGUCAGAGUAUGGUCCAGGACAUGGAGGAGAGCUAUGAAGUGGACCUGGUCUACAUCACAGAGAGGAUCAUCUCCUUCUCUUUUCCUGCCACUGCCGAGGAGCGCAGCUACAUCGCCCACCUCAAGGAGGUGGCGGCCAUGCUGCGCUCCAAACACGGUGACCACUACCUGGUGCUCAACCUGAGUGAGUUGAGGAACGACCUAGCCGCAUUAAACCCCAAGGUGCUGGAGUUCGGCUGGCCAGACCACCACGCGCCACCGCUGGACAAAAUCUGCAGCAUGUGCAAGGCCAUCGACACGUGGCUCAACGGCGACCAGCACAAUGUCGUGGUGCUUCACAACAAAGGAAACCGAGGUCGGACGGGGGUGGUGGUGGCAGCCUACAUGCACUACAGCAACAUAUCGGCAAGCGCUGACCAGGCGUUGGACAGGUUCGCCAUGAGGCGUUUCUAUGAGGACAAAGCGCUUCCUAUGGGCCAGCCCUCGCAGAGAAGGUAUGUGCGAUACUUUAAUGGUCUUUUGUCGGGACACAUAAAAAUCAACAACAAGCCCCUGUUCCUGCACCACGUCAUCAUGCACGGAAUUCCCAACUUUGAGUCCAAAGGAGGCUGCCGUCCAUUCCUAAAGAUUUACCAGGCGAUGCAGCCAGUCUAUACGUCGGGAAUAUACAACGUGCAGGGAGAUGGCAACACCAGUAUUUGCAUCACCAUUGAACCCGGCCUCCUGCUAAAAGGCGACAUCCUGCUCAAGUGUUACCACAAGCGCUACAGAAACCCCACCAGGGAUGUUGUCUUCAGGGUGCAGUUCCACACGUGCGCCAUCCAUGAUCUGGGAGUGGUGUUUGGGAAGAGCGAAUUGGACGAGACAUUCAAAGAUGACAGAUUCCCCGAGUAUGGGAAGGUGGAAUUUGUUUUUUCUUAUGGUCCUCAGAAAAUCAAAGGCCUCGGCCAUCUGGAGAACGGACCGAGCGUCUGCGUGGACUACAACACUCAGGAUCCUUUGAUCCGUUGGGACUCAUACGAGAACUUCAGUCAUCGCUGUGAGGGAGCCGCGGAUUAUCAGCACGAUGUUGUUCACAGUCAAGGUCCACUUGAUGGAAGCCUGUAUGCACAGGUCCGAAAGAAAGACUCCCUGGAGGGAGUGGUCACCGUCAAUGGCCUCCCAGUCCUUGGAGACCCCCUGACUGCCCCAGAGAACCCUUUGCAACACCCAAACCACCCCCUUCAACCAUCAGAGCAUACCCUUCCUGUAAUAGGCCAUGCCUCUCUCCCCACUGUCGACCACACUCUGUCUGUGAGCAGCGAUUCGGGAAACUCCACCGCCUCCAUCAAGACAGACCGCACAGAGGAACACAGUCAGCCUCUGCAGGGGGGCUCAAACCACAGUAACACAGGAGUAAGUCACCCGUCCCUUAGCCCCCAGGAGAAGAGAGAACUGGAUCGGCUUCUGAGCGGUCUUGAGGAGCCUGUUCAUCAACGACAAGUUUAUUUGUCUACUUCAACCAGUCCGGGAGGCGGUGUCCGGCACCUGGUCCCUGCACAGGUGCAUGUCAACGGGGUUCACACCAGACUUAUUGGUGCCCCUUCCACAGAAGAGCGUGAGACAGAUAUUCUUGAUGACGAGCUUCCCAAUAGCCAAGAGGGCAACAGCGUGGACAGUUUGGGCACACUCUCAUCCUUAGAGGGCCAAGCCACACCAGGUGACCUCUACUAUCACUCACAAGCCCCUGUCAAGAACGACGGCCACCACCUUGAAUCAGGUGUUCUCAGCGAUAAGUUGAGUGUGAUGCCUGUGCACGGACUACAGACACCCACUGCAAUGCAGGAGCGCAGUGCCUCUGUGUCACCAUCGGGGGGAUAUAACAAUUUCCAGAAUGGAAGUGCAAUGUAUCGCUCACAGUCCUUUGGUAACGCGUCUGCGAGAAGUCCUGAGUCCAACCCUAAACUCAUGCCCAGGGCCCCCGAGAGAAGCACCAGUAGCCGGGAGGCUGUUCAAAGGGGACUCAGUACAUGGCACCAGUACAGCCUCCCAGGUGAUCCUUUUGGCCCGCCCCUCCAGUCCACCAAUAGCUUGCCACGUUUUCCGUCCUCAGCUUCACAAAGGGACAUUGAGCAAUCCAUUGAAGCGCUCAACAUGCUAAUGCUCGACCUGGACCCGAUCAACUCCCACAUGUCCAAGUCACACAGUGCUCCCCCUGGAGAAAAUACCUUCAGUUCAUCACCUGUGCCCUUCUCCCAGACACUCACAAGGCCAUCCUACCAAGCUGAUGCGGCCAUCCAUGGCUACAGCUCCUCUGGGUCAUCCAAUAAUACUUUCCAUCAGCCACCACGCGUGACUGUGAGAACUUUUCCGAACCAGAGCCCUCUUUUGGAAUCUCCGGUACACUCCUCUCAAAGGCCCACCCCCAUUUCGCAACACCAAAACACCACGCCGUCACACACACCUGAGCCCUACAUGCACACACAUCAAGCACUGCACCAGUUCCCCUCGGAUCCCUCCACAAAUGUCCAUCCACCGUUGAAGCCUGUGAACUUGAACAUGGUCGGCACGGUGUCCCACUCUCCGGACCUACAGGGAUCAUCUCCCUAUCCGGGCUGCAGUGAAUCCUCCUCUCCACUUCCUGCUCUCACCCCUCAACCUAAGGACACCUCCUUCUCCUCUUUGCCCCAAGAGCAGGAUGCUGAGGUGGGGGCGUUGAACCUAGAGGGCCUGGUUGCUCACCGCAUUGCCGAGUACAACGCUCGUAUCCGUGGCAUCAGUGAAAGCGUAACACCGCAACAGUCUGACCGCCAUCGUUCCUAUUCCUUCUCCGGGGUACGCUCUAGGGCAAUGACCCCAGAAGUAAGCCAGGAGACGGGCCGCCGUAGAACCACCAGUGAGGGUCAGUACCACAGUGGGCUUGACAACAGGCCAGAUGGCCGUUCGACAGACUUCAGCUCCAGUCUGCCCCACAACACAAGAGGAAGACCCGGAGAGGGUACUGUGCACAGCUACCGGGAUGCAUUUGAGGACAGCGAUAUUGAUCGGUUUGUUAGGAACAGCCCUGCUUUGGGAGGCUGUGCUCGUUCCCCACCAGGCUGGUUGUCAGCAGCGGGAAUGAAGGCUAAUCAAAAAUUUGUAUCAGACUCUGCUUCAAGUCAUGGAGAACAAGAUCAUUGUGGUUUUGUGGAAUUUAGAGCACAACAGUUCAGCAGUCCUCUCAACUCCAGCAGUCCUGUACACAGCCCCGAAGGGAGAUAUGGCUCUUCUGACCACAGCUCAGCACCAUUUUAUCCUCACACACACGCCUCCCCUGAUGGCUCCCAGGUAAAUAUCAUGGGUGUCCACACUGUCCCUGGUAGCCCCAACACCCUCCACCGCACAGUGGCCACCAACACUCCCCCAAGCCCUGCCCUCCAAAGGCGCCUGGGCCAAGGCAGUCCUUCACCGGUCAGACGCACCCCUCCAGCAGGUGCCAGCAGGGACGGCAUGCCCUCCAGCCCCUUAAUUGGCCGAAACCCCAAAACAAGUGCAAGUGUGCCACCCGCCAGCCCCCUGAUGGGGCGGCGAGCUGCAGCGGGAGGUCACAGUACCCCAGAUGAGCUGGGGGCCACGUCUCGUCAGGCUCAGCCGCCUUCCACGCCCGCCUUCCCCGUCUCCCCCGAGCUGCCAGUGAAGAGGCACGCAAGCAGCGAAGACGCAGAGAGGAUGGACAGCAAGAACCUCGCAGCCGAGGUUGGAGGGUCAAACUUGACUAGGACAUACCCAGACACCGCCAAGUCCAUCUAUGAUGGUUAUCCGGACAUCAAAAUGAAUGUUAAGUUUGUUCAAGACACGUCCAAGUUCUGGUACAAGCCCGACAUUUCCCGAGAACAAGCCAUUAACGUGCUGAAGGACAGGGAGCCCGGCGCCUUUGUCAUCAGGGACAGCCACUCCUUCCGUGGGGCUUACGGUCUUGCCUUGAAGGUGGCCUGCCCACCACCAACAGUAAAACAAAGCAAAAAAGUUGCUGAUCUGACCAACGAGCUGGUGAGACAUUUCCUGAUCGAAACAAGCCCCAAAGGUGUCCGCCUGAAGGGUUGUGCCAAUGAGCCCUACUUUGGUUGUCUCUCUGCGCUCGUUUAUCAACACUCCAUGACGCCUUUGGCGCUGCCCUGCAAGCUCAUGAUCCCCACCAAAGACCCAAAUGAGGAAGCGUUGGAGCUGGCUACACCCACCGACCCAGUUUUGGAGCUUUUGAAACAAGGAACAGUUCAGAAGGUUCCGGAGGAGUCUUACGCGUCCAACGUGCUUUACAUUAACUCUGUGGAUAUGGAGUCCUUGACUGGCCCUCAAGCCAUUGCCAAGGCCAUCAGUCAGACGCUGGCGACCAAUCCCCAGCCUACCGCCACCAUCGUCCACUGUAAAGUGUCCCCGCAGGGCAUCAUGCUCACAGACAGUCACAGGAAGCUCUUCUUCAGGCGACAUUAUCCACUAAGCACUAUAACCUACUGUGACGCCGACCCCCAGGGCAGAAGGUGGGGCCAAGAGGGUGGUUGUUCACUUAGGCUUUUUGGCUUCGUAGCGAGAAAACAAGGAAGCACAACAGACAAUGUCAGCCACCUGUUUGCCGAGCUGGAUCCUGACCAGCCGGCCUCGACCAUAGUCAGCUUUGUCUCCAAAAUGAUGAGGCGGUGAAACGCAUGUCGGGAUGGCGCCUAUUUUUAAAUCCAUCCUUUUGGUGUCUUUUUGUCUCUGGGAUCCGACGAUCUCCUCUUAUUUUUUUUUUUUAUUCGAUUAAUUUAUAUAUAUAAUUUUUUUUCUGCCUUUCUAGUUUGGCGUAUUGCAAGCAUCUUUCUGUGCAAGAGGCAUUGUGAACUUGUGAGAGGAUGUGCCAAUGUGGGCCUGCAAAUGUGACAAACACGGAGGCCGCUGGACUGAAAUGCGGAGAGGAGAGCGGAUGAAACUGGCAAGUUGGGUGUGAGGACAUGUGAGGCUCGGAUGUUUCAGGGUGUUUUCCCGUUUUUCUUGAUUGAUUUACCAAAGGUGAAUGACGUAGCGAUUAAGCCAUUCUUAUUGUUUCCUUCUGUAAAAGAUGUACCUACGGACACACAGAAAAGAAAAAAAGUACUUUCUUCUUCUUGUUGUCUUCAGGAAAAAAAAAAAAAAACUUGGCCUUGAUGGCUUUUGGCAAAACAUUGUCUGAAGACCUAAUGCAUGUUAACUUGACCUUUAAGCUCGGUUCUCCUACCUUCCAAUCAUCCUUGUGGAGCACUUAGUGUGAGCUUUUCUGGUUCUGCUGUGUGUUAGAAAGGGCUCCGCAGUGAAACGGCGACUGAUCGAAACUGCACAUUACAGACCAGCCCCCCCCACCCCACUCCCCCAAAAAGAAAAAUGGCACACACACUAACACUAAGCUCCGUGCACAUGUGCAUUUUCAUCACUCCCACUACCCCACGCCCACCCACCUCCUUUUCUUGCAAGAUGCUUUACACUGCAAGCAACUGGUGACUUUGACAGAUUGUCCACAGGGUACAGCCCCCCCAGUCAGCCUUGCACCAGGACGCUUGUCACGGAAUGACACUGGAAAGCACCUCCAGGAAGCUGAACCUGGACCUAUGCACUGUUCUAUCUGCAUGCUGUUUUUCCUUCGUAGCGGCAUUCACUGAAAACAUUCUGCGCUGUGUGCCCUCGUAGACACCGAGGCCAUUUGACUUGUCAAAGACCGCAUGAAGUAGACUUUUUUUUUUAAUACUCGAGUCCUCAACAAGAUGUAGACAAACCAUUUUUGAAGUACUCAAAUGAUGGUGGUGCGCUAUAUUUUUAUUUUAAGUGUUGGUCUGACGGAUUUACCUUUGAGUGUACCGGGGGCGGGUCUGUCUCCAUUUUGCUUCCACUGUGUUGUCACAAAUUACAUUUAGAUAUUUUUAGCAGAUAAAAACACAACGUGAGUAUUCACACUGUGCACAGUUCCACACACGCAAGCAUCUACAAGAGGAUAGAUAUAUAUGUACAUAGGUGAACUACUUUGAAAGGUGACUUAGCGAAAUGUAUUUAUUUUUGUUGCUUUGGUCCCUCAUGAGUACUCAUUAUGCAUAUAUUGUACAGUCUAGAUAGAGAAAUGGGUUCAGAAAAAAAAUAUCAACUUAUUUUGGCUAAUGAUUUCAAAGUCUGAGGAUUUUGAAAUGUUUGAAUAUAUGGUGUACAUUAUUUUGUACAUGUAUCUGUUUUGGCUCGUCUUGUUUGUCAUCUUGGCAAAAGCAGUGUAGCGGACUUGCAUGGACAAAAGUGUGCGUGAACAAGAGUUUGCUGGUGGGAAACAUUUAGACCAGAUUGUAGUUGAUAGAACAUUGCAGAUUAAAAAAAAAAAGAUAUGUAAGGAAAAAGAGGCCAAGCUCAAAUGCAAUACAAAAAACAGUGUGCGCCCAUGACAGUUUUGAUUUUUGCCAAAGAGUCACACAAGCUGCUUUUCGUCUUUGCUUCCAAUUUACAUGCAAAACUAAGUUACACAGGGAGGUUUACACUUAUGCACUGAGACAUUGAUGACUCUUCUUUUAACCGUAUGCCCAGAGAAAAAAAUUGCUUGCCGAGUACAUGAAGUACUUAACUUGACAGAGCAGCAGAGAAUCGACAGGAAUUCCACAUACGACAAGCUCUUCCAAGGCUGAAUCAUCAGACCUCCUGGACGGCAAUGGUUUAUUUAUCUUUUUUUAAUUUUUUUCUCCAUGACAGACAUCUUGUUCCACUGUGUUAUAUGGAAGUAGAGCUGUGGAGCUUGCUUCUGUCCAAGAAAGCAUUUUUAUAAAAGACCUAGCAAGUGUCGCUGAAGUCGUUUCAAUUGUAUUAAUGUAAAAAAAAACAAAACAAAAAAAAAAAAGACACUCUGAUUGUGUUUGUGCUUACCAUCUUCAUUUGUCAUGACAGCUUACCUAUGGAGAAGGAAAAAAAAACCCCAUUAAAGCAAUACAAGUCUGUUACA